ACCCAACCACAGCCUGGCCUAGGAGGACAGACAGAUAAUGGGGCCUUCCAGCCCCUGGCCCCAGAGAGGGAGGGGCUUCCUGACAGGAAAUUGUCCUCCUCCAAGCCCCCCCUCCUCAGAUCCAAGCUCUCAGCAGUCUUGGCCCAAGUAGUCUGAAGACUGGACAGCAAGAGGGGACAACGGGACAGGCACGGACAGAAAGUAGAAGGUACCAGCCUGUCAAAAUGCCAAUCCUGAAGAGUCUGGGGGUGGGAGACCCUAAGGUGCCACGGGCAGGUACCCUGCCCCUGCGGUCCUCUCGCAACCCCUUUGAAGAUGCUUCAGCGCUGGAAGAAGAAGCUCGGGAGCAGGGGACACUGCCCAAUGGGACGUCGUGUGGCCGGCGGGCCACGCUGGAGAAGCUGGCUGGUCUGGCUCAUUUCCGAUUAGGCUGGACCUCUGGCCGGCGGGCAGGCAGCCCCGGGGAUGGGCAAGGCCGUUCUUUCUUGGGCCGUGUGCUGGCACCAGGCAUACGAAGGAGCUCAGCCGAUUUUGGCCUCCUGACCCGGCUUCAGGGGUUCCGAACCCACGGCGAUGAGGAGCCAACUGGAGAAGCCGCUCGAAGACUGGCUUUUCUGAGACUCGGUCGUGGGCCCAAGCCCCGACGGGCAUCCUUGGCAGAGAGAGUGGUACCUGCAGGUGAGGCGGCCCCUGAGCCCCCACCCAAAGUCCCGGAGCCUCCAAAAAUGAAGGAACCACUAUCGGUGCUGGAGAUCCUGGGUCUGAUCCAGAAGCGCGAGCUGGCACGGGCGGACGAGCACAUUCUGGAGCUGGAGGCGGAGGCGCCGGGGGAGGCCGAGGCGGGCGCGGGGCGGCGCGCGCGGGAUGUGGCGCUGCUGUACGAAGCGCUGCAGCGCGAGCUCUGGGCGCUGGUGCGCGAG